GAGCUGGGAAUGUAACACGGUCGUAAAAACAAAAGGUGUACCAAAGUGCAAUGAAAUAUCGGUGAACAAUGGAUUACAAAUGUUUGUUUCUGCUCACGUUUUGGGGAAUAUUUUUAUCUCGUUCACAAACAACGAUUCCGGAAUUCCUUCGAGAAUGUUACGAAAACGAAACUUUUUAUGGGCCACAACUGCCCAUGAGCCUCCAAGUCGUUAUCGACAUCAUCAGAAAGGCUGAAAAAUAUUCUGCCAAUUCGAUGAACAUCAGAACGAUUUCAACCUCGUUACUCCACAGAUUCAAAUUCGAUGGCAUCGAAUUUUAUUCAGAGAGUAGAGUGAAGGAAGGAGUUCUGCCUUUCGGUGGGACAGGCUCGCAGCGUUCGAAGCAUCGAAUAAUCGAGGAAUUGGUGCCAGGAAACAGGCUCGCAUUUCCUGUCGAGGCUCUCACGAUCCAGGAACGUUGCACUCUUCACCGUGCCAUAUCGAAUACGAUAUGGGAGCACGGUGAAGCUGACCGUGACAAGCUAUGCAUCGAAGGAGUGACGGAAAAAUUUUCCGACAGAUCGAUGCCCGGCGAGCCAAAAAUGUGUCCUUUGGAAUUCGGGGUCGUUUUGACCCCCUUUGGUACUAUUUCUCUUGGAACUGUGAUUUCGGCGAUCGCUGCUGCCUUAGAGCCCCAAAAUGUAUCGGUCAAGCUUCUGCUCGGAGAUUCUGAAAAUUCGGAAAAUGAGGUUGACCUUAUCGUGCCUAAAAAUCAAAUGGCUUUAGACAGAUCCAUGUGGCUGAGUUUGAUCAAGAGAUCAACUACCCAAAUCGAUAACGUUUGGGUCUCAACGAUUGCAGGUGACCUUGCUGAAAUGGCUGUUUAUCAGGGACCGGUAGAAGGAAAAAGAAUGUCGCUGGGGGCAACCGGCUUCUGGAACAGUUCGAUGCGACCAAAUAUUUUUUACCUCGUCGGCAGAGACGGAACAUUUGAUGCAACGAGGGCAGAAAUAGUUGGAGGGAUCGAUGGCCUCGUAAUUGCUAAAAAGUUGCCAAAGUGGCUUGAAGAUAUGGAGAAUUUGCGGUUGAGCCAAAUCCUCGAUAUUUAUUAUUCCUACAGAGUUUCGAGCUUCGAUUCUAGUGCGAGAGCUUGCGAUCGUGGAAAGGCUUUUUGGAACGUUGCUCCGAAUUCGAUGAUGGAAGAGCAGACGUUUGCAACUGCCCAAAUUCUGGCCUACCGCAACAGCGUUGCCUACAUGGAAGAAGGCGUUUUAAAAAGCAUGGCAAAGCUCGCAGUGAACGCUUUCAAUUCUUACACAAUGCACAAUUUGUUCACCGAGGUUCAUUGCCCACAAAAUGAGAAAAUAUACCCAACCGUCGAGGUAGUUGUGACCUUCGAUGGCUCCUGGACAGAAAAUUAUACCGCCGACUUCUUGUCAGUGAUGAUCGAGGAUCUUGACGUUUCGAUAUUUGGCUCGAAAAUGGGAAUAAUUCAUGGGACGACAGGAGAUUGGAUUCUGAACGUGACCGACAGUCCUGCCAGUUUGCACUUCGCCAUAGCAAACAACAACUACACGUGGCCAUCGGGAAUGAAUUUUUUGAAAGUUUUAGAUCAGGCUUCAAGUUUUCUCGAUCUGAGCUGGAAGAAGAGACACGAGAAUCGCACCGUGGGAAAUUUGGGCCAAGUUCUGGUUUUUCUGGCCCCUCGCGUUCACUUCAACACUGUCGAUCAACAGACGAUUUUGAAAUCGAUCAAGCAGUUCAAAAAUCGACAUCCAGACGUUCAUAUGGUUUAUUACGUCACUGAAUACAAUGCUAAAUUGUUCGAAGAGUUUUUGCUGACGCAGGACGACCAUCUGAUCAAAUCUUCCAACGUCAAUGACAUCACCGAUGUCCUUCAAACUGUCACGAGAGUUCUGAGACCAGAAAAAUGUGAAAUGCCAGAAAAACCUGGAAGCCCGAAGGCUCAUAUCGAGGAUUAUGUCAGUCCGAGAAAAUCGGUCGUUUAUCAACUGCAUCCCCGAUGGCGAAGAAAUACGAAAAAAGUGACAGUAACACUCCACAACGUCGACUAUGGGACGAUAGAAAUCUGCACUUGGAAUCAACGAAGAAACAACGUCCGAAAAGACAAUUAUUAUUGCAUGAGAUUGACAGGCCACACAGAGACUGUUUUCACAGACUUCGCGGUUUGUGACGAGAACGUAAAUUGCAACAUGACGUAUUACGAGGUCAAGGGAAUCUCGACGAGAAAACAAUGCGCAGAAAUCGAGUGUCGGGCUCCGGACUACGUGAGGUUCAUCAUUCGCAUGGAGAAGCUCGAGUGCUCGAGUGGAAAUUCACCGAAAUCGUCAUUUCCCAAAAUAUUUCUAACACUCGUAUCGAUUAUUUAUUAUCACCAAAAGUAUUCAAAUUGAAGAAAUCAAGCA